GCCAAACCGUCAUCGUAUUCCCGCGAAUAAAUUGUUUAUCCGUAAAAUAAUUCUUUGUCAAUACUCCAAAGAGGCAGAAAUUGGCGGUGGCUGAAGCUCUUCUUCACCGAAACUCAGCAGUGAUCGUUUCCGUCGGAUAAAAUUCUCAAAUCCUAGAAACGCUUUAUUUAUUGUUUGAUCUUUGAUCAACAAAUUAUCAUGGCUAAAGUGCAGUUGGCGAAUGUGGCUGUUCUCGACAAUCCGUCGCCGUUUUUGAACCCGUUUCAAUUCGAAGUCACCUUCGAAUGCAUCGAGGAACUCAAAGAAGAUCUCGAGUGGAAGAUGAUUUAUGUUGGGAGUGCAGAAUCCGAGGAAUUUGACCAAGUCUUGGACACCAUCUACGUCGGUCCUAUUCCUGAAGGAAGGCAUAUGUUUGUUUUUCAAGCAGAUCCACCAAACGUGGGACGAAUUCCAGUGAAUGAUGCAUUGGGUGUAACUGUAGUCCUCCUCACAUGUUCCUACCGGGGCCACGAGUUUGUCCGUGUCGGUUACUUUAUCAACAACGAAUACACGGACGCGGAACUGCGAGAAAAUCCACCUCCCCAGCCCCAAUUCGACAAAGUGCAACGAAACAUCCUCGGGGAUAAACCUCGUGUCACCCGAUUCAAAAUUAACUGGGACGACAGCACAAGUCCCAAUGCAAACAGUGUGGCUGAAGCGAUGGAGGCCCACGCCAUUAUUGAUGAUACAACUGAGGAUGUGCCAUCGACUUCUUUAAGUUUCACAGAAAACACACAAAAUAGCAUGGAAGUGAUGUGAAGAAGUUUUGAGGUAUUAUUUUCCGAGAUUUUUGGUGAAUUUUUUAUGUUUUUCAAAAUUCACUUGCAAUGGACACACGAUAAUUCUUGGAGGUAAAAUGUAGUCGACUUUCUUCCUUCUUUUUCUUUUUCUUUUUUUUUUCUUCUUUGUUCAUCGUUUCGUUCGACUCUAAACUGGCUGGCGGGGGGAGGAGGAGGAGGGGGAGGGGUCGCAAGUCUCGUGUGCAUGAACUAGUAUCCAUACUUAAUAUAAAAAUAUUAGUUUUAUAAUACAAUUUAGAUGUUUAAGAAAAAAAGGUACGGUAAGAUAGUAUGACGAGAUCGAUUAGCCAAUUCAUUAAAAUCAUUAAAUUAUUUAAUACAUGUGCAUAAAUUAGCUCCUCGACUUGGAUCUUUCGCGUUCUAACUGGGAAAUAACACGGAUGUUAGUAUUUUAAAAAUUCAAAUCUUGUUAAUAUUUCGAUUCUUUAAAGUUGAAAGUCUUGUGUGUGCGUGUGUGUUUGUGUGAAGUUUGGCAUUUUCGUUUUGAGACUUCACAGAGAACUUUAAUUGCAUAUGGUGAUGUGUUUUUUUUUUUCCAGCUGUAGUUAAAAAAAACUAGUAUUUGGUUUCGUGAAACUGUAUGCAGCGUAAUUUGAAAUACUAUUCGCCAACGUGUACAUAUAUAUAUUAUAAAGAUACUGAAACGCGAUAAUUACAUAUGUUUUCUAUUUA